AUGGCAGGAGCUGAAACCACAAAAAUCACCAUCGCCACCACCACCAACGCCAAGUUUCAAUCAAGCAAACCGGCUGCUCGUAGAUUUGUGGGAGUCCGACAAAGGCUCUCAGGGAGAUGGGUGGCGGAGAUCAAGGAUUCGUCCCAACGUGUAAGACUAUGGCUAGGAACAUACGAUACUCCCGAAGAAGCAGCUCGAGCAUACGAUGAAGCAGCUCGAGCCCUGCGUGGGGAAAAUGCCCGCACCAACUUUGCAGUUCCGGUGAACCCAAGUUCGAACAUCUCGGGGACUUCGCCUUGUAACGGAGAGCUGCCCUCGCAACCUGAUGGGCGGCAUGGUCUCAGCUUCUCUUCCUUGAAGGCUAAGUUGAGCAAAAAUUUGCAGAGUAUCAUGGCGAGGACGAGUGACAAUAAAUCCUCAAAAAGUAGGGUGAGCGAUCAAUCAACUUUUGCUAAGAUUUUCCACUUUAGAAAUUACCAAUACCAAGGUGGUCGUAUGGAGAUGAACAACGCUGAGAAAGCUGUGCAGCCAAGCAUUAUAGUUCCUCAUAUGGAGACUGAGCCUUCUUCUUGGGAAAGCUCGAGUGUCUCGGAAUGCAGUGCUGAGUGGAUAGGUUACCGGCAACAUGGACUGGAUUCGGACGGGUCGGAUAUUGGUGAAGUUAGUUUUGGUCGUGAUCACGGUUUCCUGGACCAGAUUGGGGGCUGGAAUAUGGAUAGCCCAGAACUGGGUGUUGGUGGUGGUGAGGAGGAGGGUUCGAGGAGUAAGAGGUUCAAGGUUUCUUCUUCUGUGGUGGUGCCUCCAACGUUUACUGGAUCCCCAAAUAUUGGUGAAAUUUGA